GGAUUCCAGCUACAUGGGCAAACGCUUGGAACAGAAACAGAUGUACCCCCAAUACAUCUACUAUUACCCCCACUAUCUCCAGACUAAGCAGUCCUAUGCCCCUCCCCCUACCACCAUGGCCCCUCCCAGCCCUAACAACGGUCACCACGGAGAAGGAGGAGGAGGAGGCUGUAAUAUGGAGCAGCUCAGUCAAACUAACCUGUACAUCAGAGGACUGCCCCCUGGGACCACUGACCAGGACCUCAUCAAACUAUGUCAACCGUAUGGGAAAAUAGCGUCAACGAAGGCGAUACUGGACAAGAACACGAAUCAAUGCAAAGGAUAUGGCUUUGUGGACUUUGACAGCCCGACAGCAGCCCAGAAAGCUGUAGCCUCUCUCAAGGCCAGCGGAGUCCAGGCACAGAUGGCCAAGCAACAGGAGCAGGACCCCACUAACCUGUACAUCUCCAACCUACCUGUAUCCAUGGAUGAGCAGGAACUGGAGAACAUGCUGAAACCGUUCGGUCACGUCAUCUCAACACGGGUGCUAAGGAACGCCAACGGGGUCAGCAGAGGAGUCGGCUUCGCCAGGAUGGAGUCAACAGAGAAGUGUGGUGUUGUGAUUCAACAUUUCAAUGGGAAGUUUCUGAAGACUCCUCCAGGCGUACCAGGUAUGAGGAACAGCUACCUUAUAUUUUUGGGGGGUUGUGUUCAAAGUGCUUAGAUUUGUAACUUAAAGGCCCAGUGCAGUUACAGAACGUGAUUUUCCUGUGUU